UCCCAAAAACUGAAAGUGAAACCAAGCAUCAAAGUUUCACCCUGACUGGGUGGAGCAAUGGUUGUAUGACUAUAAAAAUCUAUGUAGAUGCUUUAUGCAGCUGAAGUUUAUGAAGAACUACUUUCAAGAAACAUCAGUUGCAAAUUGCGAUUAUUGGGAUUUGUAGUCUGUUGUGAUCAACAAUAUGAAAAAGUCAAGAGGAAACAUGAGCACCUCAAGAGGAAACAUGAGCAGCUCAAGAGAAUACAUGAGCAGCUCAAAUCUUGCACAAAUUAUUAAGAAGACUAUGAGCACUCAAAUAGAAGAUGGAGCUAGUGCAGGUCUGCCCAUCUUUAAACUUCACAUGGAUGAGACCUGGCAGAACAGUGAUGGAUACUGCAGAAGAUGCACAUUUGGAAAAAAGACUGCAAAAGAGAAGAAGACCAUUAUGAUGAUUGGAGCCACAGGUGCAGGGAAAACCACUCUUAUAAACAGCAUGAUUAACUACAUUCUGGGAGUGCAGUGGGAAGAUAACUUCAGGUUUAUGUUAAUAGAUGAAGGAAAGCAGAAAUCCCAGGCUGAAAGUCAGACAUCAGCAAUCACAGCAUAUAACAUUAAUCACAUGAAAGGUUUCCAGGUUCCCUGUAGUCUGACCAUUGUGGACACACCAGGCUUCGGUGACACAAGAGGGAUUUCACACGACCAGAAAAUCACAAAGCAGAUUCAUGAAUUCUUUUCUCAACCUGGAGGGAUCGACCGAAUUGAUGCUGUAUGCUUUGUAGUACAGGCUUCACUUGCCCGCCUCACACACACACAGAAAUACAUCUUUGACUCCAUUCUUUCUAUAUUUGGUAAGGACAUUGCUAAUAACAUCCUCAUGCUGGUCACAUUUGCAGAUGGGAACAAACCUCCAGUUCUUGAAGCCAUCAAAGUCUCUCAGGUGCCUUGCGCUACUGAUGAGUCUGAAGAGCCGCUUCACUUCAAGUUUAAUAACUCUGCUCUGUUUAUUGAUAAUAACAAAACUGUGGACGCAGAGGAUGAUGAGCCUGAUUUUGGAAACUUUGACCAAAUGUUCUGGAAGUUGGGAAUGUUUAGCUUGAAAAAAUUCUUCAAAUCCCUUAAACAGAUGAAAACAAAGAGCUUGACUCUGACCCAGGAGGUCCUUAAAGAGCGGCAACAGCUUGAAGUCCUUGUUGAAGGUCUCCAGCCCCAGAUCAAUGCUGGCCUGACAAAACUGGAGGAAAUAAAGAAGACAAAUGCCGCUCUGGAGCAGCAUAAGGCUGAAAUGGAUUCAAACAAGGACUUUGAAUAUGAAUUUGAAGUAACUGUUCCAAAACAGAUCAAAACCAAACCAGGCACAUACCUGACCAACUGCCAAAUAUGUCAUUUUACAUGUCAUGAUUACUGUAUGUAUGCAAAUGACAAUGAUAAACACAAGUGCUGUGCCAUGAAAGAUGGCAAGUGUCAGGUCUGUCCUGGAAAGUGUGUCUGGAAUGUUCACUUUAAUCAAGCAUAUAAAUGGGAAUAUGUCAAAGAAAUGAGAAAAGAUACCUACAACGAGUUAAAACAGCGAUUUGAGGUGGCAAAUGAUGAAGUCAUGUCAAAAGAAAAAAUAUUUGAAAAGCUUGAACAGGAGUUUGAAGAGGUGCAGAUUAUUGUGUUUGAACUCAUUGAAAGUUCCCAAAAAUCUUUGGAGCGACUCAAGGAAAUUGCCCUCAAACCCAACCCUCUUUCCACACCCGACUACAUAGACCUGAUGAUCGAGGCGGAGAAACAAGAAGCCAAGCCUGGAUUUCAAGAUCGCAUCCAGUCUUUAAUGAACGUCAGGAAGCAAGCUGAGAUUAUGAGUAAGGUUUCAACAGGGGAAGUCCUUCCAGAGGAUUGGAAAAGACACACAGAAGAGAAGGAAAAAAGAUCAGACAAGUCUUAUAAUCCCAUGAUACUGUUUGGAAGAUUUAAGAAUUUUUUAUCGGAGAAAUGUAAUCACGUGUCUUAAUUUAAAUGCACUGUUUUGAAGUAAUAGUUUCCACAUGCAUGGAUGGUAGUGUAGUAUAGUAAAGAUCCACUGUGCACAAUACAUAAUCUUAAAGUGAAUGUUGUAUUGAAUUGACUAUUUAAAUGCAUCAAAAUUGACAAACCUCUCUUGUAAAUAAAGUAUGUUUUGACAUUGUAGUUGUAGUACUUACUGUAAUAUUAUAUCUAAAUAUAAAAUGUUAUAUGCUAGAUUUCUUCCUUUCACCUUGUAAUGCUUUUAAUAAAGAACAUCCAAAAGA